UAUAUAAAUAUCCACCACAAGACUUCAUAAUAAUAUUUUAUUAGUAUAGAUAUUUAGUCAAAAUGAUCGUAUUAAUUGUUUUAUCGUGCCUCUGCUACGUGGGAUCUGCCAUACCUCUAAGCGCCAAGCCAGCUCCUCCUCUGGAAUCUCACCUAUCCCCAAGGGUCCAUGGUGCAGCGGAGGCCACAGAGGCUCAGACACCGGCCCCUCUGGCUCCUAUUGAACAGCCCCAGCCUUCCUCACAGCCUCUGCCCAGUCCCCAGCUCCUGCCUCCUCUGCAGCAAUACCCCUGGUCUCCACUGGGGGGCGCUCCAAUGAUUUUCCCGUACCAGCCAGGAGUAGUUGGAUCCCAGCCAGCUGCAAAUCAACCUGGAAUGCCUAUCCAGCCUUUGGUCUUUCCACCUUUUGGGUAUAUGCCAUUGUUUCCUCCAUAUACCAACCAGAUGCUCUCUCCAUAUAGGCUCCCAGAAGCCCCUCUCCCACAAGCCCCAGCCAAUCCGGCGCCAAACGUAUUACCGGCCGAAACAUCUCUCACAGCGGCCCCCGGAGGAGAAGUGCUGCAGACGCAACAACAACAACAACAGCAGCAGACUCCACAAGUCAUCUACAUGAUGCAGCAGCCAAUGAACCCACAACUUGGCGGCCUCAGCUCGGAGGAGCUCCAGAUUGCUGCUAAACUGAGUCAGAUGGGCAUGUUCACUGUUAUGAAUAAUGCUGCUGGAGGGCCACUGCAGCAAGUGAUUCCAGCUGCAGGGAUCCCCAACCAGGUGAAUGCAGAGGUGGGGGUCCUUCCUGCAGGUGUCCAGAAGAUCCAAGGACCCAACAGACGCACCGGAGGAUCGCCCUGCUCCAAAAAGCAACAGACCACAGGCCCACAGAAAGCUGCAGCAGAGCCCGCUGCUGCUGACAUAGACUGAAGAACAAUGAGAAGUCCCCCUAAAUGAGCAGAGUACUGUCACUUUUACACUUAGAUCUGUAGUCAGAACAUAAUGGGUCAAUAGUUAUACAAAUGGGACAUGUAGUGUGUGUAUAUUGU